AUGUCUGGAGUGUUGUACGAGGAGAUUUUUAACAUCAAAGAUAUCGACCCUGAAGGAAAGCAAUUUGAGAGAGUGAAGCGGAUUCACGCAGAAUGCGAAUCGAGCAAGAUGGAGCUCAUUCUUGAUGUUAACUCGUUGCUCUACUCUCCUCAGCCUGGUGAUAAGUUCCGAUUGAUGUUGGCGACAACUUUGAACGACGAUGGAGAGCCUGAUGCUGGUGAAUACGAUCCACGAUGGGAAGAAAAGUCCACCAGAACCGCUGCUUUUGACUACAUCAUGCACGGACUGGUCUACCGGAUUUCGGGCGACGAGGCGGACACUGUUACAAGACUAGAGGUGUACAUUUCAUAUGGAGGCCUGCUCAUGCGAUUGAACGGCGAAGCAAACUCGCUUUCUGAGAUCAAAAUCGACGAAAAGGUCUACCUGCUUCUUAGAAAAUUGUCCUACUGA